AUGCAUCAUCUCUUUACUCAGGUACUUUACCUCAAGAAUGAUGAUCAGAUGAAUGAAGUGUGUCUUGGGGGCAUUCUCCAUAUAACGAGUAUUUCCUAAAUACUAUUACUUGAUGAUUCCGGGGUUCUCUUUUGGGCUUUGAGGCUUUAGCAGGAGCGUAGGAACUUGUGUCUUGAGAAGAAUCAGUGGGUGGGUCACAGCAGGAUUUGUCUUUCCUGUCAUUGGAAUUAGAGGCAGUACCAGCAGUGAAGGGUAAAGACUCUAACCCUCCUUCCUGGGUUCAGAAUCAGUUCUGCCCCUUUCUAUAAUUUUCUCAGCUCAACACAUAUCUGCCUCAAUUUCCUUUUCUGUAAGCCAGAGAUAAUAGGAGUGUCAACUUCUUAUCACUGUGGUUGAGGUUAAAUGAAUAAAUAAAUGUAAACAGCAUAGAACACCUAGCUCAUAGUAAGUGAUCCCUUAUGUAUACUGUUACCAUUAUUAGUAUCCAUAUUUCUCUUCAGUUGCAGUAGAAAUGGAUGGAACCAAUGGCAGCACUCAGGGAAAUUUCAUUCUUUUGGGGUUUUCUGACCGCCCUCAUCUGGAGAGAAUCCUCUUUGUGGUCAUCUUGAUUGCAUAUCUCCUGACACUUGUGGGCAACACCAUCAUCAUCCUGGUGUCCCGGCUGGACUUCCACCUCCACACUCCCAUGUACUUCUUCCUCACCCACCUCUCCUUCCUGGACCUCAGUUUUACCACAAGCUCCAUCCCCCAGCUGCUGUAUAACCUGAGUGGAGGUGACAAGACCAUCAGCUACACAGGCUGUGCUAUCCAGCUCUUCCUAUUCCUGGGUCUGGGUGGUGUGGAGUGUCUGCUCCUGGCCGUCAUGGCAUAUAACCGCUUUGUUGCAGUCUGCAAGCCCCUUCACUACAUGGUGAUCAUGAAUCCAUGCCUCUGCAUGGCCUUGGUGUCGGUGGCCUGGGGCUGUGGGAUGGCCAACUCCUUGGCCAUGUCCCCAGUCACCCUGCUCUUACCACGCUGUGGGAACCACCAUGUGGACCACUUCCUGUGUGAGAUGCCUGCCCUAAUCAGGAUGGCCUGUGUCAACACAGCUGCCAUUGAGGGCACUGUCUUUGUCCUGGCAGUGGGCAUUGUGCUGUCACCCCUGGUAUUUAUCCUGGCCUCCUAUGGCUACAUCAUGAGGGCAGUGUUACAAAUUCAGUCAGUGUCAGGGAGGCAAAAGGCCUUCAACACAAGUGGCUCCCAUCUCACAGUGGUCUCACUUUUCUACGGAAACAUCAUCUACAUGUACAUGCAACCUGGGAACAGUUCUUCACAAGACCAGGGCAAGUUCCUCACCCUCUUCUACAACAUCAUCACCCCCCUGCUGAACCCCCUGAUCUACACCCUCAGAAACAAAGAGGUGAAGGGGGCACUGAGGAGGCUGCUGCUGGGUGACAGAGAGGUAGGAAAGAAGUAA